UCUAGAAUAUAAAGUACAGAGAAAUUUCUAAUUUUAAAAUCCCUCUAAAACCCUAAACAUCAGCCGUUACUCUUUUUAGCUUCUUCUUCAAAAACCCCUCUUUUUAUUUUCUCUCUCCUCCUCAUCCCUUUUUUCACGUUUCUUCUUCAUCAUCUUCUUCUUCUUCCCGCCCUUUCUCUUUCUAAUUGGACCUUUUUUCUGCAAAUAAUUUCAUCUGGGUUUUUUUUUCUUCUCUGCAAAAUAUUAUCUUUUUGCAGGAAAUGCUAAGUUAUUUCAAUGCAGAAGCUACUACGUCGAAGCCCACCUGGCUCACCUCUCCUCCUUUGCUCAUCUUCUUCAAUUGAUUCCAACUUUCUCUCUCCUCAUCAUCCUUACAAAACCCCCAAAAAACCCAAAUUAAUUUCACUUUCUCUCUCCUCAAAUUACCCACUAGGGAUUUCUGUUAAACCCUCUGUAAAACUUCAAGAGUUAAUGCCGAUUUCAUUUUCUACCGCUUUUCACUUUUACCCAUGUGUUAAAUUUCCUCCCACUUCAUCUUCUUCAUCUUCUUCUUCAGUAAUUUCUGCAACUCCUUCACUUGCGCGCGGUUUUUCCGGCGGAAGUUGCCGGUGCUCCGGCGAAAGAGGGAGGGGCCCACAAAGGCCAUGGAAUGUUCUUAAAGGAAUGCGAGGUGGGUCCCGUUUAGCUUGGUUGCAGAGUGCUGCUGGAGAUGGAGAUGAUAAUAAGAGUUUGAAUGUGGAUGAGGUUGAGGUUGAUGAGGAGGGAGAAAAUGGUGAAGUUGAGGUGGAGGGUGAGGAGAAGCCGGCUAAAACACAAAGGAGAGCAAGAGGUUCUGGGAAUGGUUCGGUUUCCGGGCUUGCGGCGAGCCCCGAUUUGUUGACAAUACCAGGUGUUGGGCCGAGGAAUUUGAGGAAGUUGGUGGAGAAAGGAAUUGGUGGUGUUGCUGAUCUUAAGCAGCUGUAUAGAGAUAAGUUCUUUGGCAAGUCAAAUCAGACGAUGGUUGAAUUUCUCCAGAGUUCAGUGGGAAUUAUUCACAGAAAUCAUGCUGAAAGUAUAACUAGCUUUAUCAUAAAGAGCGUGGAUGAGGAAUUAAAGGAGGAUGGAUCUGAUUCCGGUUUUAAAUCACAGAAGAAUAGAAUCACCCUCUGCGUGGAGGGAAAUAUAAGCGUUGGAAAAACUACCUUCCUGAAAAGAAUAGUUAAUGAGACCAUUGAGCUACGUGAUCUUGUUGAGAUUGUCCCUGAACCCAUUGAUAAAUGGCAGGAUAUUGGGCCUGAUCACUUUAAUAUUCUGGAUGCUUUUUAUGCUGACCCGCAGAGGUAUGCCUACACUUUUCAGAAUUAUGUAUUUGUUACGAGGGUCAUGCAAGAGAGAGAUUCAUCAGCUGGAAUCCAACCCCUGAGGCUGAUGGAGAGAAGUGUCUUCAGUGACAGGAUGGUUUUUGUACGGGCAGUUCAUGAAGCAAAAUGGAUGAAUGAGAUGGAAAUCAGCAUCUAUGACUCUUGGUUUGAUCCAGUUGUUUCAUGCUUGCCGGGGCUUAUUCCUGAUGGUUUUAUCUACCUUAGAGCGAGCCCUGACACGUGUCAUAAGCGUAUGAUGCUACGUAAAAGAGAAGAAGAAGGUGGUGUAAGCUUAGAUUAUCUUCGUGAUCUGCAUGAAAAGCAUGAGAGUUGGCUUUUCCCCUUUGAAAGUGGAAAUCGUGAAGUUCUGUCAGUCAGUAAGCCUUUCUUCGACUUGGACAGUACUUCAUAUCCUACUAUAAAAGAACGUGUAUGUUUCUUGGAGGGUCCUGGCAUGCAUUCUAGCAUUCAGAAGGUUCCUGCUCUUAUUCUGGACUGUGAGAAUGACAUUGAUUUCAACAGAGAUAUUGAUGCAAAGAAAGACUAUGCACGCCAAGUUGCUGAGUUUUUCGAGUUUGUGAAGAAAAACAAAGAACUGCAACCUCCUCAAGCUGGUGAAGAAGGUGGCAAGCCACAAGUUCUGCUUCCGAAGAAGGACGAAAUGUGGUUCCCCCCCUCAGCCCUUCAAUCUUUGGACUUCAGACAGGCAAUGUCAUUGUUCUCUGGCUAGUCUCUCUUCUAUCAGUCUUGCUGAUCUUAUAAUGGGUCGUGAGGUACCAGUUUUGUGUAGUAUGAAAGCCUUUAGCUGACACUGCUUUCUACUUGUUUAAAGAUUGUUCUAACCCUUAGGAUUUGUGUCGGAAAGAUGUAGAUAGGGUUGUUUUGGCCAUGGAUGCUGUGAUGUAUUCUGGUGUUUAGAUGGUUGUUUAGUUUAGACAAAAGAUUAUUUAUCUGCUCCUUUAUUCAAGCCUUGUUCAUAGUA